CGCGUGCGUGCCCGUCCGAUUGUGUGAAAGGGAAAACCGGAGCCAGACAGUGACGCUCACCCAUCAGCUGCCUGUCAAAGCCAGCAGCACGCCGAUAAAUAGAUAAGCGUGCCGGUAUGGAGGGAGAGAUGCAACCCGCUGAUGAAGGGCCCUGCGCCCCGAAGAUGUGCCGACAGCAGCGGGGUCCGUUCAGCACCCUGAAGCCCCUCCAGAGCAGGCGCUCCGCGGGGAAGACGCGCUUUGACCGCUCCGCUGUGCUGGAGCUGCCUCUGUUUGGUGAUCACUUCACUCUCCAUCCCGAGCAGCCUCCUCCUUUCCAGCAGCAGCAGCGGGUGCAGCACCUCCACCAAAGCAGUUCUACCAUCAGCAGCAGCCAGCAGCAUCCCCGGCUCCCAUGUGAGGCCAGGCCAAGCAGCAGGGUCCCCACAUCCACCUCGGUGGCAGCAGCAUCCCAUGGCCCCCAGAGGCGCGUCUGCGGCGGAUCGGAGCCCAGGUUCUCCCCAGACUGCUCCUACGGAAUCAGCACAGAAAACCGUCUCAUCUUAGACGCCUUCGCCCAGCAGUGCAGCAGAGUCCUCAGCCUUCUCAACAAUGGCCGUCUCCUGGAGCCCCCCUCUUCCUCCCUCAGCUCUAACAUCAAGCUGGAAGAUGAGCGAGGAGAUGCACAGGGGCUCCACUGCUCCUCACAGGGAAAGCUGAAACCCCAGGAGAGCUCAACCACCACAGAUCCAGAGAAUGAGGCCCAACAAAGCCAUUCAAACCAGCAGCGGACCUCAGCGGUGCUCCGCAUCUUCACAGACUCCCUGCAGAACUACCUGCUCCCUGGGCCUCAUCGACAUCUGAAUGAAGGUGACCAGUGUGCUUCUGUGGAGCCCUGCUCAGAAGUGUCUCCACCCAGACACAAUCUGGGAGGCUGGGGGUCCCCUGCUCCAUCAGAGUCCUACGGCCACCCGUCUUCAACGCUACCAGAGGAGGAAGAGGAGGAGGAGAGCUGCUGCCCACGCUGUCUGGAGCUGGAGCAGGAGGUGCUGUGUCUGCAGCAGGAGAACGAGGAGCUGCGGAACAAACUGGAGAACGUUCCAGCCCCCUGUCAAAGUGCCCUAGACUACUUUAAGGCGGUUCUUGAGUUUCACAACCAGCUGGCUCAGCCAAUGCCAGAGGAGCAGUAUACAGAGCAGUGUGACAAUAUGGAUUUAAAAGAUGUAUCUCUGCAGGAGGAAGAACAACAAACAGUCUUUGAGGGCAGUAAACAGCUUCUGGAGAACUACCCGCUCUUCAUCACCAACAAGCAGUGGGACGAAGCCGUCAACUCCUCUAAGAAAGAUGGCCGACGGCUCCUGCGCUACCUGAUCCGCUACGUCUUCACCACGGAUGAGCUGAAGUUUUCCUGCGGUUUGGGCAAAAGGAAGCGGUCGGUGCACUCAGGAGAACCGGGCCUAGAAAGACGGCCACUCAACCCCGUCAAAGUCAGCUGCCUCAGAGGUAGAGCUCUUUUUCUCCAGCAUGAUUAUGUCUCAGACCAUUUAAAUUUCUGUUAUAUAUUAUAUGACAAUCAAUCCCUGAAAGCAAUCCAAAAAUUCAGUAGUAUGUUAAAGACACUCUGUAAGUGUUCAUCCAUGUAUUAGUUUAACUUGUGAUAUAUUGAAGGAUUUUUUUUAGGUGAAUAUACAGAAUAUGGGGCGCAUCAAUGCUCUGUGUCAGAGCAUUGAUGUAAUCUAGUUAUGUGACCUAGAGCUCUGCUUUAAGUCCAGAACACACUAAAUCCGAUUUUGCUU